GUCCGGGAGCUUCACUCUGGAGGAAGAACGUCAAGCGGGAGGGUUGGCUGACGUGGCACCGAGGGACCUACGCCCCCCAACCCCCUGUAUUUACCAACAACAGGCGUCUGUUUAGCAAACACUGUACCGUCCCAGCUGACGGGAGAAGAAAACUUCCUCUACCUCGACGAAAUAAAUGCCAAGAGACACGACGACACAAGACACGGACGUGGAGAGAAAGACGUAAGCGGACGAACGAAGAAGAAAAACAACAACAUCAUCAUCAUAAUACGACAAAAACGCGCCACGGACCUCCGCCGUCGCCUUUCUCAAUGCAUACCCUUUGUGCCCGGGGAACGAUGAAGCCAGAGAUCAACGCCGCCGUGGGAUUUCUGUCGAGAUUUCUGCGCGUAAAAGGACACGUAAACGACCGGCAGGUCCAGACGUUCAACCAAAGCUUACAGGACAUUCUGUCAGAGCAAUAUAAGCACCACUGGUUCCCAGACAGGCCAUGCAAGGGUUCAGGUUACCGCUGCAUCCGCAUCAACCACAAGAUGGAUCCACUGGUGGGGCAGGCGGGCCAGCGCAUCGGCCUGACCAUCCCGCAACUCUACUCGCUGCUGCCCAGUGAGCUCACGCUCUGGGUCGACCCCUUCGAGGUGUCCUACCGCAUCGGCGAGGACGGCUCCAUCUGCGUGCUGUACGAGUCGCAGCCCGGCCCCGUAGGAAUGCCGAUGACCGCCGGCGCCAGCGCCCCCUCAGGAAACUGUGGGCCCGUGAGCCCCAUGGUGGACAGUCACAUCAGCUGCAAGGAAGAACUGAUGGUGCUGGGCAGAGCCAGUCCCUCCAAAGCCUACAAUAUGAUGACUGUGUCCAGCUAAAGAGGCACAUCGUCACCCCGGCCUCCUUUUUGUUCAGGGUCACGCCAUGCCUGGUCAGAUCACUUGACCAGAUCAGGGUGAGCCUUUUUAAAGCUAAGAAUAUGAAAUGAAAUAGUGAAAGGAGAGAAAAAGAAAAAGAGAGGGAAAAAAAAGCAGAGGAUGUGGCCUAUCGUCCAGGUGAUGGAAACCUUGUUGGUUUUAUAUUUUUUACCGUCUCCCCCCCCAUUGUCAUCUGUUCUGUUGUGUCAUUGGAUCAGCUGGGCACUCCGUUUUUUUCCAGGAGAGGCUUUGUGGAAAUGGAACUGUUGGGGCAGCUAAAUCAACCAUCCAAACAGGAACCCCCACGGAGAGUGGCAACUCCCCCUCCCCUCGACUGUAAACAACAUGGUGAUCAGCUCCAUCUCUGAAGGGGCUGUCAUUGACUUUGCACUUUUCUUACUUGUGGUUACUAUGGGUACAUACACGUUCAACACACCACCGCAAAAAACACCAAAACCUAAAUUGUAAGCAGUUUUUAACUAGGAAUUUAACCCCCUGAAUUUCAAAAUCCACAGGGUUUUCAAUUUGCCCUUUUUUUUUUCAUGUGUUUUCAUUUUCCUGGGUUCGGAGGGAGUUGAGGUUUCAGACUCUGUCUUUCACUUUCCUAGCUCAAGGUAAAGAAACGCCCGAAUAAGAGCAUCUCUAUUUUCUAUAACAAAACCCCUUUUGGACCACAGGGCAUCAGUUUUCUUUAUCUUGUAGCUGGGAAAAGGCUUUUCAGUCUCACCUCCCACCACCACCACGACAAAGUUUCCGAAAAAUAAACGUCAUCUCAACCGUCUCUCGGCCUGUAUGUACGUGCAAGUGGAAUGUGUUGUGACACCUGUUACCUAUGGAUACCAGCGUGUCCUGUUGCACUGACGCCCUCCCAUCACCCAUGUAUGUGUAGCUUUCUGGGGGAGGGCAGGGGACGUCUCCUCCCCCCCUCCCCUUCAUUCUAAUGAAUGUUGUUGAAAUUCACAAUCAAGUUCCUGUGUUGUUGGUUCUGCCCCCCUUUUCCCACCACCUCCACCGCCACGUUGUCGUCUCCUGCAUCACCAAAAUUCUAAAAGUGUAGCAAAGGAAGAGGUGGGGUUGCUAUUUUACCCAAAAUUUUUGGUCAAGUGACCCUGUUAGAAUUGACAUUGAAUGCACUUUGACGUGAGAUUGUGUGGGAUGUGUAAAUUUUUGGAGAAAAAUCGCCUGCAUUCCAUCCAUUCGAAUGUCAUGUUUCCACACCGCUUUAAUUAGCCCCCUCCUGCCCCAUUUUUCUUCUUGCCGUUUACUCAUACUGUAGCUCCCCCACGUCGGGAUAGACGGAUGUCUAUUAAACUGGGGAGUGUGCAACUCUGGAUUUAAAACACCCGUUUUUCUUUUUAACACUGUAUUUGUGAACAUUUCAGAGCUGUUGAUUUUUGGAGCUGAGGGUAUUUUUGGUGGUAUGUGUAGACACAUUCUCAUCCGUUCACAUGGCACUGUUUGCUCUGGCAGGAGGCAGAGCCGAGCUGCCCCCCCCCCACCCACCACCGCACCGUCAAACACACACAGAUUUGUUCAGAUGGGUCUGAAAGGUCUGGACUAAGUGAUGACUGUGUGAGGUUUUGGCCAAAGGGAGGUCUGGAGCGCCGACAUGUACAGAGAUUGAUUUUUACCGUGAAUUAAAAACAACACCGGGCCUCGUCAGCCUUCUAUUUCCAUUAGGUCUUUCCAAGGUCUUUGAAAAAAAGGAGAGACUUCCUUUCGUGUGCGUUUCAAGGUGCACUGCCUUAUGGAGACCUAAUUUUACAUGAAAUAUGAGCCAUUUGUCAUUUUAAACUGAUAUCAGGCGCAUGUGAGCCAGCCUGGUGCAUUGCGCUGCCCAGACCCUCACUGGAGGUGUCCUCUUUCCAGUCUGGCAGCGUUAAAUCUGCCCCCCCCCCCCCCCCCACUACCACCUCCCCUCCUUGUGUCGGGGUUAGAGUGCCUCAAGUGCUACAUAUCACCCCUCAGCUCAGACCUCCCGUUCAGACGAAAGCAAGCCAGAAUGCUAGCUGCUAGCUGACCCCCUGUGGAUGAAGGUAGACUUAAUGUGACACAUAUCAUCAUCCGUUACUGUGGGGAGCUGGGUAAGGACGGCGGGGGGUACGGGGAGCUGGCGUGAGAGGAGGAGGGGGGGGGGGCCAGGGCCGGACUCCUUUUGUCCAGGGCAGCUAAAAUCCCUCCAGCCCCCCCCCCCACCACUUCUGGACCUGUUCAACAUCCAGCAUCCCCCCCACCCUGACCAGAAGCCCUCGACCCUCCCACAACAGUGAUGGAUAAAAAAAACCAGCACACGCGCUUGGCGUGCUCACGCUGCACUAGGGGGGUGGGGCUAGUGGGAGACGAGGAAGCGUGGAAUCGAAGAUGAAGAAUUGGGGGUUACUAGGCCGUUGUUUUCCUGUUUUCAUCUCAGUGGAUUCCGCUGCACUUGAUUACGGAGUUUGAGUAGCAACUGUUUACAUGCAUAUGUAAGGAUGUGAUGGCCGUCUCACGUCCCUCAACUUCGCUCCUGGUUCUGGGGUGGAGUGGCAAACGGCGAGGCCCGAACAGAUGCGGGGGUGUCCGCUACCGGUGUUUCUCGACUCUCCGCCGCUGGCCAAAUCUGUCACGGCACGCUGGUUCGCCACUCAUCAUCAGACCUAUGGGUGUCUAAGCUCCAACUAAGCCUGAGAGGAUCAUGGGUAAUAGAGCUAUAGCCUUUGACGCACUGCAACCCCCCUAACGCCCCCUCCCCCACUCCCCUGCUCUCUGCUGAUACUCCCUUCAGCAAUCUGUGAAAAGCAGUGGUUCCAUGUUGGCCAGGCGGAGAGGAGCUGGCUGGGAAGAGAGCCCAGCGCUUUGGUUUCCACGGUGAACACCCCUUUUAAAAUCACACUGCUCCUUUAUCCCAUAUUUUAUGGCAUGUGACAAGAUGUUUUUGAGAUUGGUCUAUAUUUCGGAACGCGGGAUGAUCGUCUCGUCUCACUUCUCUCUUGAUGUAUUUUAUGGUCACACUGGUAGAUUUUUGUCAUCUUCCCUCUCUGCCGUCCCCAAUUUCUCCUCUUCAUCCUCUUUUUUUAAGAGGAUUUUUUUUAAUUUUUAGUCUGGUGAUCUAACCCACUUUUAACCGACUUUGUUUUUAGAGCUACAAAAUUUCAAAAAGUUAAAUCCAAAAUCCCCUGCGACGCCUUCUCAACUGUACUGCCAUCAUCCGAAAUGGUUCAAGUGCUCGGUAAUAUUGAAUAUUUAAAUGGCAUCCAUUCAGCUUGUGCGCACAUAGGUUACAGAAUUGUCGUGAGAGUGCUUUUUGAGUAGUCAGAGGUAAAAUAGCACAUAAAAUGCACUAAAUAUGUCAAGUUGAAGUUGUGACUUUUCUUUUCGAGACGCGAGAAGUCUCUCCUGGAAUGUAUUGCCAAACUCAGGCCUCGGACAUUCAAUAAAUACCCUUAUGGAAAAGUUGUGCAUGUUAAGACAUGAAACAGGAAGGGAACAGCAUUUUUGUUGUUGUUGUUGUCGUCAAUAUCGUCAUCGAUUAGUUGAAUUAUUGCCACUUUCACAUUUAAGGUGUUUUGCAUAUUGUAGAAUGUAUUGUAACUGUACAACAAAAUGGUAGAGUACAUAACAUUACACAUGGGAAGUGCCAAUAAUUGCUAUCCUGAGGUGUUUUUAGGUGUAUUCCUUUUUUUGUAUGUCAUCUUUUAACAUGGAUAUUGCUUUUUCGUAAGUGAAGCCAUUUGUGAUGGGAGUGUUGGCAAGGACCAAAGUUGUUUUGGUAAAAAAAUAUUAGUUUCCAUGAUCUGUAAGUGUAGACGUAUCCUUUGGGGUUUUUUUCCGCUUCUUUUGUUAUUUUUUUUUCCUUUCCAGUUUUUUCCCUUUUUUUCUAUUUACGUACAAAACCAGAAAAAAAUAGACAAAAAAAUCUGAGCUUACCCAAGAAGAAAAAGCUGUCUAUCUUGUGAUCUCAUGUCAGUACAUCUUUCUCGUGUUCAGUUUCUUUUUCCUUGGGUAUGUUGUGAUGAACUGCUGUAAAUUUGUACAGUUCAUGUAAAUUGAUUGUGCGGAAGUUGUACAGAUUUCUAUAUUUUGGAAGAAAAAGUUUUUUUUUUCUCUGUAAUAAAAGAUUUCCUAUCUUGGCAUCAUA